AGACAAUCACUCAAGAGAGAAAUGAUACUAUUUGGAUAAUAUGUUAUCUGCCGUAUGAGGAAAGAUUCUGAAGUGAAUCACUAUUUGCCAUAAACGCAGAGCGAGGCGCGAGUUCGCCACGCCCUCUGGAGACUGCAUGCUCUGCCAUCCAGAGUGUAAGGUCCAGGAGGGGAAGAGGACGUGUACGGGCCCAGGGGCAGAUAAGUGUGUGGCGUGUGCCAGCCUCAAGGACGGACCGCACUGCGUCUCCUCGUGUCCUGAAGGUUUGAUGGGAAGGGAGGGAUUCAUCUAUAAGUACCCCAACAAGCAAAGACACUGCGAGCCGUGCCACAUGAACUGCACCAAAGGGUGCAGUGGUCCAGGAACUGGAGACUGUGUAGCAACAUCCCGAUUAAUCUCUGGGUGCUGGACUGGAGCUACAGGUACAGCCUGUCUCCUCUGAGCGGCUCAGCUGGCUCGCCCACUCCUACAGCCAGUAACAUGUUUGUGUGACGCUUAAAUGACAGCUUGACAACAGGUACGAUUUUCUACUUCAACAAAGAAUGUUCUGCCUCGUGCAACUGUCGUGGCAAAAAGAGAGUCCAUAAUAAAAGACAGGAACAUUUUGUGCAUACAUCAUGUCAUGCAUUAUAAUUGUAGAGCUUCCCAUAAUCCAGUAUGUGCAGGAGCAGAACUGUGCACACUCAGAUCCAACGUUUUUUUAUUUGAGGAACUUGGGAAAUGCUGUGUGGGUCAGUCAGUUCGUGCUUUUACAUUUUGACUUCUAAUUUCCUCUAAAGUAAACGUUCAUAUCAACCUCUGACUGGAACUAGUCUGGUUUGGAGCCAGGAUAGAAAAAAUAAAACAACUGGGACAUUCUUUCUACUUUCAUAUGAUUCAUAUAGUCAUCUUUAAAAAAAUUUAAAUUAGGCACAUGAUUUCUGGCAUGAAUAUUUUGACGCCACACAACAACAACUAAAUUGCUUUAGGCCGUGUUUCGUAACUGAUGUUAUGCAUAACGUCCUAAGUGCAGCAGUAAAACAAUGCAGCAGUGGUUGCUUUUAAAUGCGCUUGUACAGGUCACCGGCAGAAAGGAGUGGAGGGGUUAAAGGGCAGACACGCAGUAAUGUCCCUGCACUUCAUGUGAGUCAUACAGAGACGCUGGAGGACGUUGAUUAUUAUCACAGCAUCUGAUGCUGUUUAGGUGUUGGAUGCUAAAGGCAGAAUUGUUCAAAUCAUGCUUUCAGGUUUAAAAAGGAAAUGAACAAAGCAGAUUAUGUGAAACUACAUGUAUAAUAAAAAUGAUUGAUUACUGAUUCACUUAGAAUCUGCAGAGCUGAAGAUAAACCCUCGGCUCCGUUCUGACCCCGUUCUGACGUUUGUUAGAACUUUCCAUCCGCACUGACCAAUGUUCAAGUGAAGACUUCAUCUCCAGAUUUGGGACCUGACAUCAAAUGAAGACCUGAUUUGUGGCUGUUCAGUGUUUUUUUGCCUUUGGCACAGUUUUAGUAGGAUGCUUUGCUCAGACACGGCUCACAGUGACUGUGCGGCUACGGGAAUAGUUUCCUCAUGCUAAUGUAACUUCCUCCUGUUUACGUGAUGAAAAGCUUAACAGUCAAAUGACACAGAAUAUUUGUAUUUAUGUUGCUGCUUACUAUUUAAUGACGUACUAGAAAAUAUCACAUUUCUAUGAUGUCUUUUCUUAUCAGAAUAAUAAAUGUUAUUUCUCUUUA